AUGUCUUCCUCUGCUACCAAAUACCCAGAGUACGUUGACUCAAAGCCUCCAGUGGUGACUCUUGCGGAGUAUGAUGAGGCUCCUUGGGCCGGUACCACUUGUGUUGAUUCCAGAGACGACGAGUACGUGGUGGUGGAUAUGCAAAAGCCUGAACAAGUCGUGGCAAGAAUCGCUCCUUCUGAUAAUAGGACAUUGGAUACCAUUUUCAAGAGUGCCAAAAAGACAUUUGUUGAUAAUGUGGCCAAAGAGACCAAGGAAAAAGCCCAAAAGAAAUGA